AGUCAUUGUUAUCGAGAUCAUGGCAGCGGGCAGACUUGAACCACUCGUAUUACUUGCUUUGGUUUGCAACACGUUGGCGGCAUGGCAUUUUUUGCCUCGCGUGUCUCGCAAGGAGAGUGGGGUCCAUAGAGAAGAAAGCUGGAUAAAUUUCACUCGCACUGCCUUGCAAACGGUCCGGCCGCUAUCCUUCAAGUUUGCUAGAGCCCCUCAUUUCAUGGUAGCGGCGGAGCCCUGGCCACCUCACGUUUACAUCAAGCAGUCCCUCUCGUCUGGCGCCCUCGGAGUCACCGGUCCAAUGGGUCGGCUCAUGGACGUCCUUGCAACUUCUCUUAAUUUCACGUACAGCGUAAUACAGAAGGACGGCUACUGGGGGGCGCCACAAGCAGAUGGGUCCUGGAAUGGCAUGAUCGGUACUGUUCUGAGACAGGAAGCAGAUAUUGGGUUGGGACCUUUUGGAAUGUCAGACUCCCGCAGUAAAGUGGUGGAUUUCACCAUUCCCGUGUUCCUGGAAAUGCUGCACGUGCUGGUGAACCGCCCCCUCCCUCAACCCGACCCUGCAGGGUUCUUGGCGCCUUUCACGUGGUACGUGUGGGUGGGAAUACUGGCUGGUCUUGUGUGCGUGGUGGCGACCAGCGUUAUCGUGGUGAGGCUGCUGGGUUUUGGUGGCCAUCCCGAUGUGUGGCACCACGUCUGGGCCUUCUAUAGUGUCACCGUGAGCCAGAACCUUCCCUGGGUACCUAAAGCAGUCACAUCGAGAUUCACCUUCUGCCUGUGGAUGCUGCUUGCCGUGGUCAUAGUACGCAGUUACAGCGGUGCUUUGACCUCACUCCUGGCAGUGAAAACACUGGCGGUGAAGUACGACUCUCUGAGGGACGUGCUGGACGACACGGGUCUCACGCUGCUCAUGGAGGGUUCCACCGCUCUCACCACUCAUCUCCAGACGGUGAAGGAAGGAGUCUACGCUGAUCUAGCGAGGGAGAGUCGAGUGAGGGCUAAGUACGUGAAGGCCAGCGAGACCUAUGCCGCUGCCUAUGACCUCAUCCCAGAUGGACGCCACGCUAUGCUGGUGGAGGAUGUGGUCUGCAGAAAGGUGUACUCCGACUACUUUAGCAUGACAGGACGAUGCGAUUUUUAUAUGUCGACCAAAAGUUUCUGGCGUCUUAUUUAUGCAAUGAUAGUCCAACCUGGAAGUCCUCUGAGACAACUGCUGGAUGUCAGGAUUCGAGCAAUACGGGAGUUUGGGAUCUACGAGCGAUGGGCUCUGGAUCAGAUGCCUAAUAUGACACACUGCCUGAUAACCCCAAAGAAAAUAAAAUUUCAGGAGCCAUUUUCAUUAGCUGACCUCUGGGCAGUGUUCCUCUUGCUUGUGGGUGGCUUUGGGCUAGCCACUUUAGCUUUCUGCAGUGAGUUUCUUCUGCCAACUCACCUGCAUACUGACCACUUCCUGUAAUACCUGUUCUCAUCAAACAUAUUCCCUGGCUUACGAUCAUUGUUUUUUUUUUAUGCUCUUCAUGCAUUUGUUUCUCUGUAAAACGUGGUUAUUAAUGAGUAAUAAACUGAUUAACAUGAAA